AGACAUUUCAAGUUCCGUCUUUUUUGAGAAGAAAAGCCAACCCUAAAAAUGUUGUUUCCAUCAUACUGGGAGGAGGUUCUGGUGUUCAACUUUUUCCUCUUACCAAACGAGCUGCUACACCAGCUGUUCCUGUUGGUGGAUGCUACAGGCUUAUAGACAUUCCAAUGAGCAACUGCAUCAACAGCGGGAUCAACAAAGUAUUUGUAUUGACACAGUUCAACUCAGCAUCCCUUAACCGUCAUAUCUCUCGCACCUAUUUUGGAAAUGGCAUCAACUUUGGAGAUGGAUACGUAGAGAAAAUGGAUCGUACUUGAAGAGAUUUUUGAUUGCUCUACUAGUGAAGCAGAUAGAGGGCAUUGAUGAAGAUAAGCGUGAUGUGACGUGAAUGAGGGUUCAAAUAGAAACAAAAGGGUUAUUGCUGAUAAUGUUGGUGAUAAUGUUGGUGAUAUUGCCGGUAUGGGAUCCGAUCUAUUUGGUUCAUAUGCAGAGGCAUCUUGUGCUGCCCUUGUUGUUGCUUCCAUCUCUUCUUUUGGGAUAAAUCAUGAGUUCACUGCCAUGUUGUUCCCUCUCAUCAUCAGUUCUGUGGGCCUCCUUGUUUGUUUUCUCACCACCUUAUUUGCAACCGACUUUUUUGAGAUCAAACUUGUAAAGGAAAUUGAGCCAGCAUUGAAAAAACAGCUUGUUAUUUCAACAGUACUGAUGACUGUUGGAAUUGCAAUUGUUAGUUGGAUAGCACUCCCAUCUACCUUCACCAUAUUCAAUUUUGGAGAGCAGAAAGUUGUCAAGAACUGGCAGCUAUUCUUGUGUGUUUCUGUUGGUCUUUGGGCAGGGCUUAUCAUUGGAUUUGUUACUGAAUACUAUACCAGCAAUGCAUACAGCCCUGUGCAAGAUGUUGCUGAUUCCUGCAGGACUGGUGCUGCUACCAAUGUUAUCUUUGGUCUUGCCUUGGGAUACAAGUCUGUUAUCAUUCCAAUUUUUGCCAUUGCAAUUAGUAUUUUUGUAAGUUUCAGUUUUGCUGCUAUGUAUGGUGUUGCUGUUGCUGCACUUGGAAUGUUGAGUACUAUAGCAACCGGAUUAGCCAUCGAUGCAUAUGGUCCAAUCAGUGACAAUGCUGGAGGUAUUGCUGAGAUGGCUGGAAUGAGUCACAGAAUUCGUGAGAGAACCGAUGCUCUUGAUGCUGCAGGAAACACAACUGCUGCCAUUGGAAAGGGGUUUGCUAUUGGUUCUGCCGCCCUUGUGUCUUUGGCCCUUUUUGGUGCCUUUGUGAGUCGUGCUGGUGUUACAACCGUCGAUGUCCUGACUCCCAAGGUUUUCAUCGGUCUGAUUGUGGGCGCCAUGCUCCCUUACUGGUUUUCUGCCAUGACCAUGAAGAGUGUCGGAAGUGCAGCAUUGAAGAUGGUUGAGGAAGUUCGCAGGCAAUUCAACACGAUUCCUGGAUUGAUGGAGGGAACUGCGAAACCUGACUAUGCCACAUGUGUGACAAUCUCCACCGACGCUUCCAUCAAAGAAAUGAUCCCACCUGGUGCCCUUGUUAUGCUAACACCCCUUAUUGUUGGGAUCUUUUUUGGUGUUGAAACACUUUCUGGUGUCCUUGCCGGAUCAUUGGUUUCUGGUGUACAGAUUGCCAUCUCUGCAUCCAACACUGGCGGUGCUUGGGAUAAUGCCAAGAAGUACAUCGAGGUAAAAUACUAUUUUACUAAAUAGAUUGAGCUGUAUGAUACUAUUUUUGAUAGAAGUAUUUGGAGUUUCUAUCUCUUUCCAUCAACCAAGAGCUUUAGUGUGUGUGAAGAUGGGGUUGUGUAGGGUCCCAUGAGGGGAGUUUAGAGAUGUUUCUGGUUGGUUUUGGAAGUUCUGGGGGUACAAGGUGGAGCCUGUCUUGACCAUCAUCUUAAUUACACUUAUAAAUCUUGUUGAUAUAGACAUAUAUACUUUGUGAUUCUGUUCAUACACUUCCUCAGUUCUCAUUUUUGUGGGGAAACUAUCUUGCAUUCUACUUUUCUCUUAACUUAAAUAUGGUAUGGGAAUUUGUUGAAGGAAUGGCUUGUAGUUCCUCUAUGUUUUUUCUUUAAUAAAAAAACGUAUCUGAAUUUUUUUGAA